AUUGAACUCAACAUCACUCAAGACAUCUCAAGACAUGUAUUCAUACGCUUUACUCCAUUAACACGUCUCGCAAUUGAGUCAUCAUAUGAUCGCAAUGUCUACCAAACAGACCGUCAAAGAGGCCGACAAUGUGUUUGUCUUAAUGACCGAUAAAUAUCGGAUCUCGAGGAAUAUGAGGGCCCAGUGGUUCUUCGAGCACUUCCACAAACACAUCCGACUCCAACCCAAGCACUCAAUGGAGUGUUUUGAUAGUGAGAUUGAUUUGGUAUCCAUUCUUCCGGCCAAUUAUCAAGACUACCACGACUUGGGAUCGGAUUCGCAAUACGCGGGCGAAUACUUCAUAUCUGCGGCCACUAAAGUAACCUUCUUCUCCAGAAGGUAUCGCUUGGCGUUUGUUCUUGACUUGAGUCCUUCCAUCUCAUCCGUCGACAUUCAAAGAAAUCACAUAUUAUUGGAUGACGUGUUGAGGUCAGUGUCCACUUGUCUGCGAGGACUCGUCCAACCCGUGAGUUAA